AUGGAGAGAGAAGGGUAUUUAGUUUUCUCUCUUCUUGUGUUUGUGGGGGCGUUGAGCUUGCAUAUGAGUCGUACCGAGGCGGCGAUAGGGCUGCCACCGGACGCGAAAUUUCUGAGACGGCAGUACUACAAGAAGCUAAAUACGUGUGAAAAUGCGGAGGCGUUUGUGAAGCACCAAGUGCAGGUGUACUGGAGUAAGGAUCGCAGCAUCACUGCUAAGCUGGUCAAGUUGCUAUAUGCAGAUUGCAUGGUUAAUGGUUGUGAUGCAUCAAUUCUACUAGAUGGCCCAAACACAGAGAAAACAGCCCCUCAGAAUGCAGGUCUAGGAGCAUUUAUGAUCAUCGACAAAAUCAAAACUGUCCUCGAAGAUCGAUGCCCAGGCAUUGUCUCUUGUUCAGACAUUCUUAACCUUGCCGCCCGGGAUGCUCUUCAUCUUGCAGGUGCACCAUCAUAUCCAGUGUUAUUGGGGAGAAGGGAUGGGUUUGAAUCAAAAGCUGCAUGGGUGGAUCUUCCAUCACCCUCAAUUUCUUGGGAAGCUGGAUUGGCAUAUUUCCAAUCCAAAGGUUUAGAUGUGCAAGAUUUUGCAACCCUCCUAGGAGCACAUACAAUGGGAAGAACUCAUUGCAACUACAUCAGGGAUAGGCUGUACAAUUUCAACAACACAGGCAAACCAGACCCUACAAUGGACACGUCCUUGCUAGAUAAACUGAGACAGCAAUGCCCACAAAAAAUGACCAAGAUCCAAGAGCAGAAUCAAACGGUUUACUUGACACCAAAAUAUGGCCCAAAUUACAGAUUCACCUCUGCCUAUUUCAACAAUGUACUUUUACACCAAUCUGUACUUGGAGUUGAUCAACAGCUAUUGUUCAAUUACGACACGAACCAGUUGACACUCGAGUACGCAGGCAGCAACGAGCAAUUUCGCAAGGGAUUUUCUCUGUCAAUAAGCAGGAUGGGAUCUCUCAAAGUUUUUACAGGGAACAAGGGGGAAAUACGUCAAAACUGCCAUUUUACGAACAAGAAUAACCCACACAUUAAAUAG